UUUCAAUGGUGAAUUUUUUAAUGGAAAACGAUCAGUGGUUCAAUUUGUGAUAAGAAAUAAGGUGAUAACAAAUAAAAACAAUAACUGAUGUCUGUUGCUUGACUUCAAAUUUGAUUUUGACGCCGGUUUUAUAACAAAGUUACUGGUUUACAUUAGCUAAAUUACUGUUUUAAAUGUUUUAUUUUUAACAUGAAUGUUAUGUAAUCUCAUUAUUAUUUAAAUGUGGUAAUAAUGUUUCAAUUUAAUAUAGUAUCAUCAUUAUAGAUUAUGGAAAUUGAUGGUAAUGAUUCUUUUGAAGAGAAAUAUCUUUUGGUCGCUAAAGCCGACAAUGUUAAACACAUUUCGUCUUUGUUGAAGGCAGUUAAUUUUAAAGAUGUUGGUGUAUGUUUUGCAACUGAACACGGUUUAAAAAUUGUGGUAGAAGAUUCCAAAUGUGUACAAGCAAACACUUUUAUAGGCAGUGAAAUAUUUCAAGAAUAUCAUCUUAAUGAUGAUACGGUUGCAUUUCGUGUCGAUCUCAAUACUUUGAUUGAGUGUCUAACAGUCUUUGAUGGGUGUUCAACUAAUCCUAGUUCUACAACUGCUUUAAAGUUGACGUACAAAGAAUAUGGUUCUCCAGUGAAAUUAUUGUUAGAAGAAGGAGGUAUAAUUACUGACUGCUCAUUAAGAACAAUGGAAGUGUUUGAUAUCCUUGACUUUAGUAUACCAGCAGAAUCGACUGUCAGUAAAAUUAUAUUAAGAUCCUCGGAUUUUAAGGACAUUCUCAAUGACAUUGAUGGCACUUCUGAUUAUGUAGAAUUUACAUUUUCUGAAGAGCCACAGUAUUUUAAAAUUUUAACUUCUGGAAUCGCAGGAAAAUGUAGUGUUGAAAUUCCGUCCAAGAGUGAAAUAAUGGAGCAGUUUGUUUGCAAUGCAACAAUUACUGUUAAAUAUAAAUACAAACAGAUCAAACCUUUUUUAAAAUGUAUGAACAUAUCACAAAAAACAUUGAUACGGACAAAUGAGGAUGGACUGUUGUGCUGUCAAUUCAUGGUACAAGUAGACAGUCAUACUUGUUAUUUAGAAUAUUUUUGCACACCGAUUGUUGAUGAAGACUGAUGUAUGAAUUAUAAACACGUAACAUAUUUGUUCAUUUCAUGAUAUAUUACUACAAAUUAUUAUUUGUUAUUUUGUUACUUAAUUCUAUUUUAUACAAUCUAUA